AGAUCAUCGAAAUGAGAAGCUCAUCAUCGAGAAGAAGAAAGAAUCCUUGUUUCUCUCAUGGUAUGGCUCCAUUGCUCCUCCUCCUCCUUCCUCCUUCUCUUCGCCCUUGUGAUCCCAUCCUUGGCUGGUAAAUCUAGUGGGGUUUGUGUUUCUCCUGGUGGUCGCUUUCCUCCAUUUUCAUCUGAAGGGAAGGCCCCUGGAUUGGUCUCCAGAGGACCAAGAGAUUUGGCGCUUUGUAGGGUUUUCAGAAAGAAUACUUGUUGUGAUUUAGCUCAGACUUACCCUGCUUUGUUGGCUAUUAGAAGGUUGGCUUCUGCUGGAGAAGCCAGUCAAGAGUGUUUGAGUUUGUGGGAAUUGUUGGAGUGCUCUAUAUGCCAUCCUCUUGUUGGUGUUCAUCCUGGGCCUCCUCUAAUUUGUGAAUCUUUUUGUGAUGGGAUUUUUCAGACUUGUGCCAAUGCUUACUUCUCAAUUGAUGCAAAGACACAGGUUUUGUCUCCAUGUGGACCUAGUGAUGUUGUUUGUGGCAGGGCAAGUGAAUGGGUCUCAAACGGUACAGAACUCUGCCACUUAGCUGGUUUUGCAGUGCAACCGGCUAAUUUUAUCUCCCAGAGUGACACUGUGCCCUUCUGUUAUGGAGAGAAAUCGAGCAUUGAAUCAGUUGCUGGUUCAUGGAGCACUCCUCGAUCAAGGUCCCUUUUUAAGGGUGGGAAGUCUAGGGUGCUUGAAGAUUUUCGGCAAUGGUUGGGCGACAUGGCAACUACUGAAAAGGUUUCAUGGGCAAUUGGAGGGAUGGUUCUCACUGCAGGACUCCUCUUUGUAAGCAAAAGAAAAGGCUAUAGCCGACGGCAGAAACAGGCAGCUAUUUUUCGCACAGCCAGAAAACUAGAAGCAAGGAUCAACCAACAACCUGCAAGAAAAUAGGAAGGGGCCUUAUUUCUUUCUAAUUCUCAUUUUCUUAUAUUUUAGAAUGUAAGUUUUGUGCAUUGUUUCAAUAGUCAUUGUGAUGUAAGCUCAAAGAUAAUGUAUUUCUGUUUAGUACUUAGUUAGAGACUGUAACAUCCAAGCAAUUCUCUGAAAAAUAUGGCUGUUUCCUAAUUGUUUUCUUUGUAAAAUGGAGAGUU